AUGGAUUCGAGAAGAGCGCACGACGAUAUGGAGGAGGGCUUCGUAGAUUACCGCUCUGAGAGUCACGCUCCGCCGAGUUAUGCUUCGACUCGACUUCGGCCACCCCCUUAUAAGCCAUCAUACGAGACCUCACUCUCAUCUCAUCCGGUCCUCGCCGCGCCUCCGGAUUCAAGUUCCAACUCAAAUACAACUCAAGACUUGAGCUUAAGCCCAGAUGCAUCACCAAGACGAAAUGAACCUCCGCCAUCUCCUCUAAAUCUCCCGCCAACGGCUGAAAGCUAUAUCACAUCCCCUCCACCAAGCUAUCAUCCGUUAUCCUCACAUCGCUCAAUAACAUCAUCCCCGCCAUCUCCUAAUCACCCUCCACCCUCAUACACAGCCCGCCAACAAGCACCCACAUCCCCAAUCCCAAUAUCGCCAUUAUCACCACUUGCGCCCACGCGCUCAUACUCCUCCUCCUCCUUAUACACCAACCUCUCCCGGAAAACCCAAGGAUCGACGAGUAGCCGCCCACGUAAACACUCAAGGGACUCCUUCUGGUGCGGCUCGUGUUUCUGGACAGCUCCAGCUGAACCAGGCUUUGAUUGUUCGAGCGACGAUGAAGGUGUGAGGGCGAGGGACAGGGAGCGCGAAGGAUGGGACCAGGGGUGGAGUAGUUGGAAUAAUCAGUAUGCGUUCUAUAUCCUGUAA